AUGAUAUUUUUACUGUCAUUUUCACAUCUACAAGUUCAAAAGCAAACUACAUUAAUGCUAACCGAAGUUGAACUGUGCAAGAUUGAAUCUCGAGAUAUCUGGAAACAAGUAACACUUGUACCGGCAAGGAGAAUAAAAAGACAAUAUGGUCCAGAACAAAACUCAGCUCGUGGCUCGUCUUCUUGUUGUAGUUGCACUCAAGGAGAUGCUGGACCUCGUGGACCAUCCGGUGAAAAUGGAAAUGAUGGAGAAGACGGCCCACCGGGUGAUCCGGGAACAAAAGGGAGAAACGGGAAAUAUCUCCCUGCGCCCCCGCCUGGUUUCAAUGCUUGCCAAAAAUGUACACCUGGCGCACCCGGAGCACCUGGAAGUCCUGGAAUGAAAGGAAAAAGAGGAGCCUACGGGAAAGCUGGAAAGGAAGGGAAACCCGGAGAAUCGAAUCGACCAGGGCCACCAGGACCACCCGGACUUCGAGGAGAGCCCGGUCCACCCGGGCCAAAAGGAGCACGGGGAGAUCGAGGAAAAGUUCUGAAUGGAGCACCUCCUGGACCACCUGGACCGCCAGGGAAAAUGGGAAGAAGAGGACGGCCGGGUGGAAGGGGACAUGAUGCAACACCGGGCAUUGAUGGAAUACAGGGGAUUCGAGGAACUGUUGGAUUAAGAGGAGACCCUGGUACUACUGGCCUCCAAGGACCGCAAGGGCCAAAAGGAGAUCAAGGCAUGCCGGGAAGUUGUGGACAUUGUCAACAAAUGCCUAGUGCUCAACCAACUGGCUAUGAAACAAAGCCCGAUGAACAAGUGGAACAACCUUCGAUUACCAAUUCGGGAUACGAUUCACCAGUUCUACAGCCUCCACCAAAAGGCUAUGAUGAUGUACCGACUUCACCAAAAUCUCGUCGACCGUCUCACAAACCUCGACUCCAUCCAAGCACAACGAAAGACUCAAAUUCCUAUUGAAUUCUUCGCAGAGUGGCCAGACUAUUGUGUGGUCGUCGUCUCCCACAAACAUGGAACACUGUGCUUUGUCUUCUCUCCAUUCAUAUGUAUUUAACGGUACCGGUGAUUUUCGCGGCCGGCAUCAUCGAGUGCGAGUUGAAGGGACUUUUUCGGCCGUUUAAAGAGCUGCAAGAACGAGGGAUUCUAUUGGGUGAGAUCGAUGACGACGUUUUCGAUGUUUUUUAUGCGAAUGACGAACCGUCAACUUCU